GACACACCCGGCUACUCCAUAUCAACCAAUCGUUGCUCCAAGACAGAGACACCAAGGUGGUGUACUUCCUGUGUUUCGCCAGAGAAUGGGGCAGGAGAGAGGAGAGAGUUAUGUAGUUUUUUGUUUGGGGGGGCUCCAGUCCACACACAGGCGAUCACGUCGGCAGUGCCGAAAAGGACUAAAGUAGUGGACAGACUCGACCGAUUUUUUAUUUAUUUAUUAGAGAUCUCCCUGUUCAGCAACAGCCACGGAGAGAGCAAGACAGAGAGAAGGAGGGGAGCGAUAAGUGUCAAUCUGUUGAGACUUGUUUGGGAAUUUCAAGGAGGGGAACGAGGCAGAGGGAAAAGCAAGUAGAGCUCAGGCGUAAACAUUACGUUUUUCACAAAAUUUUAAAUAUUGAUAGAAUAAGGCAGUUGUGAUUAAUUUGAACAAAAGGAGGUCAUUCAACGUCAACUAGACGAUGUGUAUACAGGGACUGGAUUAUUGUGUGUUGUGGAAUCCUAUGGUUUUGAGCUGAGCUGGACCUGGGGGGAGGCCACAGAUCUCCCCCAGGAAACAACAUUCAGGUUCUCCAAAUUAUGAUACAAUGGGGACGAAAAGGCCCAGCUGCACUCUCUUUGACACUUUAUCUAACAUAAACACAUCUGACCGCAAGCUUCAGCUAGGUGGAAAAAUCUCCCGGGAUCCAAGUCCCAGGCCAGCAAUGACUGCCCAGUCGGAGCGAGAGAGAGACAGCAACCGAGAGGAAGACAGGAGGACAGACAAAUCAAGAUACAAAGAUAUGGACCCACGGGAUAGAUACUAUGAAAGAGACCGAGCUCCUGCACCCCGGCCGAGGGAGGGAGAAAGAAAGUGGAGAGAAAGAGAAAGGAGGCAGGAAGAUGACAGAAAUAGAAACGGGAGGCUGCUGUCAAAUCUAGAGAAGUUGACCAUGAGGGAGGUAGAGAGAGGGAUGGAGAAAGGUGGCACAUUUCCCAGAAUGAGAAAAAACAGUGCAGAUUGUGGCAAAGGAAUGGCGUCUACCACUGAGAUGGAGGAAGAGAGAGGGGCAAGGAGACAGAGAGAUAGGCAGAAAAGAGUUGAGACAGACGACUGGGAGCAAGAAAGAGAGAGGGUACGACAGAGAGAGAGGCGCAGAGAGAGGGAAAGAGAUGAGAUCCGAAGCAGGACAAAGGAAGAGGGAAAAAACACUGGAGGAAGACCUGUAGAAGAUGAGAAAUCAAGAAAGAGGGACAGAUAUGAGGAGUCUGGUUUUGGUUUUCAAGACAGGAGAAGAGAAGUGGGUGAUUCAUGGGACAGAAGAGAGAGGGAUACAGAUAGAAAAAGAGAAAAGCCAAAGUCUAACAUGAGAGAAAGGGAGGCCAGGUUGCCUUCUCCACACAGGACAAGAGACAGAGAGAUCUACCCAGAUUGGAAAGAGAGGGAAAAGGCGCCAAGGAGAGAGGGAAGGAGGGACACCAGGAGUGAAGGAGACAGUGAUGAGAGAGAGCUGAAGAGGGAAAGAGUGAGAUACAAAGAGAGGCAGGAGUUGACAUAUCAACACAGCAGAAGUGAGGGGGACAGUACAGGCAAACCACUGAGGGAGAGAGAUCAAGAUAGGCAAGGACACGGGGAAGAGGACAGGCAGAAAUACAGAGAAGUAGACCGAUCCAGGAGGAAGGGAGACGAGAAAGAUAGAGAGAGGUACAGAGAGUUUGACAGGAGAGCAGCAAGGGAGGGAGACAGAUGGAAGGAAAGUGUGAGAGACUUGAGGGAUGACAGGAGAGAGGAAGACAGAUACAGAGAGCAUGAGCAGAGGAGAGGCAGGGAAAGAGAGGCCGAUCUUAGGUGGGAUGAUAAGACAGGCAGAAGCAGCCGAUCCCAGAGCGAGACGGCCCCUAGGAUGCAGCCACGAGCCCCAAGCAGUGGAGAGUGUAGCAGCAACAUGGACAAUGAGAUGAGAUCUCGAAGAGCCAGAGACAGUUAUGAAGAGAGCCAAUCGGGGAGAGAGAACACUGCUGAAAGUGACAGAGACGUACAAGAACAGAGAAAUUCAGCUGCUGAAAGCAGUCAUAGGGAGCAAAAGCGAGACAGAGGAGAGAAGACGGAGAAGCCGAGAAGGAUGUGGUUAGAGCCACAGAGGGGCAAGAAUAGUAAAGACGAAUUUGUAAACAGAGAGAGACACACAAGGGGGAAAGAGAGGAGAGAAGAAGAGAGGAGUAUGGAGUCACAGGCUGAGUGGGAAAGAGAGGGGCGGCGAGUAAAAGAGGAACCAGAUGAGAAGUACUUGGACCAAAGCAGUUACAGAGGAAGGCAUAAAGGGGGAACUCAGCAGAGGGGAGACAUAGAGAGAGAGACAGAGGGUGUAAGUGUAGAUGGAGAGGAGGUGGGUGAAGUCUGGAGAGAAGAAGAUAAGAGAGGGAAGGAACAUCUGUCUGACAGCGAUGGAUGGAUAGAUGGAAGCUGGCGGAGGGAUGCAGAGGGAGAGAACGUGACAGAUAAGACAGAGGAGAGUGACAGAGAGGAAGAGGGUGGGAGUGACUAUUGGGCCCGCUCCGGGAGCGAAGGAGGAAGUGAUACAGGGUGGAGGCAGGAGAGAGACACAAUGCUGUCAGGAGAGGACGGCUUUGUGACGGUGUCCAGCGGCGGAGACGAGGAGGAUGAAAAAGAGGAAGACGAGGAAGAGCAGUUUGUGGACUGUCAGGAAUUUUUGGAAGGUGGAGUUACAUACGAUGGCCUCUCACCUGUUUCCGUCAAGGGGUGUGAGGGAGAGAAGGAGAGGGAAGAGGAAUGUGCAAUGGGAAAGGAGGAGGCGGUUCAUGAAGAGGAGGAUGAUGGAGGGAGGGAGAAGCAGCCGACAUACAUCUUCUGCGUGAUUGGGCAAACGUUUCCCCGGUCAAUAACCAGCAGGAUGUCACAGUCACAAGUUGAUGACACUGGAGGAGUGGAAAGACAAAACCCAAAUAUAGAAAGUCGUCAUUGCAGUGAUGAGGCCACACAGCAACCUCAUGAUGACCUGCAUCCGACACAGCGUAUAAACGAUGAACCCCCGAUCAUCUACAACCAGGACACCGAGAGCAAGAGUGAGUGUGACGUGCCAAGGCCAGCCACAGGAGAAACAACUGAAGUGCAUAUGAGAUACAGAGCGUCGUCAGAGCUUCACGGAGAGACUGGCGAGGGAGUGAGGAGCGAAGUGGAGCACCCGUACGCCGAAAUAGGGCCGAUAAAAAGAGACAUGCGGACUGAAAAACUCCUCGUAGAGUGGAGAGAGAAAAAUAAAGAAGAGGUGGAAGUAGAGAGGGAGCAAUCUUCGCCAGUCCCGAGUAAUCCUUAUGGUGAUGUUUGUCCUCAGGUGAAUUUUGAACAAAUUCAACCCAUCUUGGAAGGGAUUAACACCAGAGCAAUGAGUCCAGAGGAGGUGGAGGCCAUUCGGAUCCGACUGAGUGGGGCGUGGAGCAUGUCCGAGGAGCCUAAGCGGCAUUCCCAAGCCCCCCACCUUAAAUGGGCCAAAAAUGUGGUGCAGGAGAUCCUGGGACACUCAGAGGAACAUACUGUUGAUGAACCUAAUGCAGAGGUACGAGGGUAUCACGGGGUCGACCAGUCCGAGACAGCGAUCAAGAACGACAAAUGGCAGGAGGAGGCUGCACAAGGGACUGGAGAGGUGCCUGUUGUUAAGUCGAGAACAGACGAACAGCACAUAGAGCCUGAGCUGGAGGAGGAAGAGCCAUUGGAGGUGGAGGGAUUGAGAGGUAUGGGGCAGAGCCAAGCCGACAUGCAUGCUGACCAGUUCACAGCUGUGCAUGGUGACACGCCUACAUACACUCAUGCUGACACAUUGUUAGACACAGAAGGGAAGGAGGAUCACAGUAUGGACAAAGAGACUGAGCCGUCUGGUCACACUCAGUUAGAAAAGUCAGCCAUAGAGGGGAAAGUUAGUGAUGAGGUUAAAUUAUCAGAGAUAGAGAAAGAAGCAAGAAUGAAGGAGGAGGUAGAGAUGUAUUUAUCUGUGAGCAACACACUGUACAAGCCCAACAGCUGCCCCAUUCUGAAUUAUGACAGUGAGUCUGACCUGCUUACUCCUUCCAGAGAGGGUGGGGGCCAGGAGUUGGAAGACAGAAUGAGUGAAAGUGAAGAAGAAAGGCAGAAAGAUGAGCCAGAAGAGAGGAGUAUUGCAGAGAAGGUGGGAAAGGGAACAGAAUUGGAGAGUAGAAAGGGAGAGGCGAUGGCAGAAAGUAAUAUAGAACGGGGGACUUUGAGGAGCAGUUUCCGAGAUUUGGGUCCGGAGGCUCGAUUACGGCGAAGGGGAAUCCGUAAAACCACUGAAAGAAGAAAUGGAGAGCUUUUUGAAGAGGAAGAAGAGGAAAAUGCUGGAAGGGAUCGCAGAACCAGAAUAUUCUCUACAACAGAUGAUGAGGAUGAUCGAAGCAAAAGCUGGGGAGAAGUAGAGCUGAGGAACGCUUUGGACACAAUCGACAGACGAAAAAGGAAUUCAAGGUUUUUCAGUGAGUAUCUUUGUUCCACCUUCAUUUUAUCUUAAUUCAGGUUGUGCAGUUUAAAAGUACUAUAUUCUCUUUAGGCACCAAUAAAACACGUUUAUUUCAUUAAUGC